UACCAGCUGAGCCCCGAACACAUAUCAUGACCGCGGGCCAUUUUGCAGCCUCUCAAUUGUGAUAUUCAACCCGAGUUCGUCUCCCAUAUACAUAACACGAUGGCCACCAAUCCCCCAAUCGAGCCCAAUGUUUUCACUACGACGCAAACCGCUUCCGGGCAGGCUGUAUUCACCGAAGUGAAGCCAAAGGUUUUCAGUAGCAAUCUGGCAGUCAUUUAUGGUUCCAACAGCCUGCCUGUUGACAUCACGGAUAACGCAGAUCUUGAAUACCACAGCAGCAGCCCCAUCGAGCUAGUCCCCAAGCAGGGCUGUCAGGUAUUUACGAUGCGAAUUGCCCCAGGAGGCAAGGAUGCGCCGAUAUCGCGCUUGCAUCGCAACCUCAGCAUCGAUAUCGGUAUACUUGUUGCUGGCUCUGUGGAAGCCGUGCUCGACAGCGGUGAAUCAAGAACUUUGGUGGUGGGUGACAGUCUCAUUCAGAGAGCUACAAUGCAUGGAUGGCGCAACACGAGUGAGACAGAAACUGCUUCGAUGGUCAUUGUUGCAAUUCCGGCGACUGAGAAUGGUGGCAGUGUUCAAUCUUCAGAGAUAUAG